CCCCCCCCCUCGCUACGGCCCUGCGUAAAGGACUAACAACGCCAAUGCUUCAUGACCCAUAGUCAUGGCCCCGAACGAACUGCCUCUUCAACGGUACUACAACCCUCCAAUAAGCUCGCCAGAUUAGCGCAACGUGCUAUUGGGUAUACGAAGCGAGACUGCUAAUAUGUUAAAAUCUUUUACAGAAAGAACAAAGAAAGUUGAUGUCUCAAAAUAUUAUUGCGAUAGCGAUUUAGGUGAGUAGUGGUUGCAUUAUAAUUGCAUAGACUACAAAAUCGGUAGCUGCUUAAUUAAAUUUUUUUUUGUUUUACUACUUCUUCUUUUUACGAUAAAAAAUGUCACUCAGUACUCAGAUUAUCACUAUCAACUAUAUAUAUGAUGUAAAAAUACAUAAAAAUUACGGAAAGGAGAAUGCCCAGAUGUAUGUAGAUUGCAAAAUUGCAAUGAUGGUGACUAGAUUUUGGGGAAAGAAUUAACUAAUAUUUUGCUUGUGUUUUUCAUUCUGUAUAUAGUAAUAAAAGGAAGAUUUAUUGUCCGUAAUCCUUGGCCAUUUAACCAUAUCAAAGUUUUCGCUCUCGAUAGUUUCAAAGAGCCAUUCGUUCAAAAUAAGAGCUACAAUGUCAUGUAAGUAUUGUCUGUAUCAUUUUGCAAACCGUGAUGAACACAAUAAUUUAUCGUCAAACUUAUCGAUAAUAGUCGAAAUUAGUGACUUUACGGUUCCAUAUAUUCAUUUUCCUCGCGCUGUAUUUUCUUCGCUUUGGUUAACUCACGUCUUCUUCACAUGUGAACGAUCCGAAUUUGAAUUUUACGCGCGAUCUAUCAGUGUAACUUUGAGCUGAAAGACCCACACUCGCACAAUGAUAACAUAGUUAUUUUACUGUGGUUUAAAAUCAUGGUUUCAUAGUGUAUAUGUAAGUUUAAAUUUGACUACGAGUACAACGUUUAGGCUUAUUUUUUUUUAUUUACGAGCUUUGUCAUAAAUGACUGGUGAUCCCUACAGGGCUUCUUGCCCCAUUCAACAGGGCCCCUUAAACUAAACAUUUACAUCAAUUACAACACGUUAUAUCUACAAGGCUCGACAAAGGACGACACGAGUGACAUUUAACACAGACAGUUUUAAAUUAUUGUGGUACAUUAAUGUCAGUUCAGUCAUUUCGUGAUAAUAUUUCAACAAGUAUGAUUUGAAUUGGCCAAUGGUGACGUCAGCGUUGCGGAUAUAUGAUGGCAAGCAAUUAUAUGUUCUAUGAGCUCUAUUAAAAUAGCUAUUUUGAAAAGUUAAAGUGUUUACUCUAGGAGCGUUAGUUAAAAUAUUUUUAGUUGAAUUGAGUCUCGUGACACGACCACUAGACUUCACAACAAUGUUUGGAUCAUUUGACUUCAGAGCUUUGAAGAAAUAUACCAAAUCCAGGUACUCAGCAACGUUUACAAUCUUUGCGCACAGGUCUGGCCCGAUUUCUGUCGCCUUGCUUGCUUACUUGCUUGCUUGCUUACAGGGAGCACGGGGUUCAUGCAAUUAGAGAGUUUCACCACUGAGUCAGCUAAGCUACCUUGGUACUGUAGGUCGAGUGUAGGGAACUCUCUAGGAUUCAUAUUAGAAGACGGAUUUCCGACCAAAACGGGAAACUCGUGACGGAUUUCCGUCUGGUAGGAAUAUGAAACGAAAACCAUCGGACAGAUAAACACGAAGAAUAGGAGACCCUCCAUCCCAGUCUCUUUUCAACGUUAUAUACGAGCAGAAACCCGUCUUGAUUAUUCGUCUGAUAUAAAUUUCCCGUCGUUCAGACGAGAAAGUUAGACGGAAAGGUUGAGACGGAAAACCCGUCGUUAACCGAAUUUAUAUCUGAACAAGUUCUCGUCUUGGACGAGUUUCCCGUCUCAGACGGAAAUCCGUCUUCUAAUAUGAAUUCAGCUAUUGGCUCUACAUUUUUAAAAGUAGAAAUAAUUUCUGCAUUUUAAUGUUAUGUUUAAUUGUCCGUGAUAGCUGCGUUCCUCAUUCAUGAAUCGUAAGCCUCUGUUCAUUUUCUUAUCAGGAAAGUGCGCACUUUCGUAGGAAAGUGCAAUUGAAUUGAGAUACUUUAAUCCCGAAUGGGGUAUUAGAGCUGCUCCCAUCAGUUCAUUUUCAUAAUCGAUUAAUUGUUAUCAAAAAUGGAUUAACAUCAAUUAAUCGUAUUGAAUAAAUCUCCACACGUCCACUGUGGUUAAUGCCACUUUCAAGAAAGGAGCAUGAUUUAAAGUACGUUUAUAUUUGACAUCCAAUGAGAGCGCUAGUGUAUGGUUGCCCAGUAUUUAUGACAAUGGACCUUUCCCCUUAUAACUAAAAUUUUGAUCUAGACAAAAAUUUCAUCACAGCUUGAAAGAGCAUCACAAAAUUAGUAAUAUUACGAAGUUUCGUUGCGAAAUGUUAUAAAAUGCGGAUAAUAUAUAGCCUUGCGAAGUUUACCGUUUUUCAGUCAUUUUGUAUUACGCACGGGAAAUUGACAGCCCAAUCGGGUGUUGGGGCUGUCAAUUUCCCGUUAGUAAAUAAUACUUAAUGACCCAAGUUGACAACACAAUAUUAAACACAAAUCUUUAUUUUGUGGGAGAGGGGUUCGGGGUUGUGAAGAGUCCAUUUACAGUAUAUGACAAGCAUCAUGCCAACUCGUAUGUCACACCCUAUUAGCUGCACUGAUUCUGAACUGGCACUGAUAAUCUGACCAAGAUUCACUUGGACAGUCCUAACCUGACCAACUAGAGCACAAGACCCCAGUAUGGACAGUCCUUACCCUGACCAAUCAGAGCGCAAAACCCCUAUGGACAGUCCUUAACCUGACCAAAGGCACAAAACCCAUAAGGCCAGUCCUUAACCUGAACAUGGGGGGUAACCCCCCAUGGACAGUCCUUAGAUUUAGAUAUAUUAUGUGUGACAUAUAUUGAGUCUAUGGGCCUGAAGUUGACAUUUUAUGGAGACUUCAACCCGAACCACAAAUCUUUAUUUGAAUUACUCAACAAGAACUUACAAGCAAAAUAUUUUCCAUGCACAAUAAUAUCCAUAAUAUCCACAAUGAAUUAGAUAAGCUAGUCUACCAACAAUUCAGAAUGUCCUUGAGAUCGGUCGUAGCAUCCCUUUGUACAUAAUCAUAUACCAAUACAUACAAUGCGUGUCUAUCCAUAUCUUUCCAUGGGAACGGGUAUAUAGUAGACAUAAGAAUGUUAUUACUGCAUUCCCUAAUAUUGUAACAUUAAAACUUUAACUGUUUGUUUUAGUUUGUUGUUUUUUUUGUUGUUUUUUUUUGGGUUUUUUUUAAAUUUUAAUUUUUAAAUCCAGUCAAGGUAAGCAGAGGAGAGGUGGGUGGGUGGGAAAAAUGUUUUGAUAUAAAUGUUACUCUGUCGACAGCUCAGGGUAAAUUACAUUAUUUUGCAUGAACUCGUGCAUGUUAUGCGCCAAUUAGGAUGGGCUGUGUUAUGGCCUAUGAUUGGUCAAAGCACAGAACACAGUCGUACAAGGUUUUCAAUUGGUUCACAGCAAGUUUCACGGUUUGUGCACGUGAAUGCGUGCUAGCUGGCAGAAGAUGAUCUUUGACCUAUAUGUCAAGAUCUUUGACCUAACUGUCAGACAAGGUUGAUAUAAACCAGGGAUUCCUCCUCAUCUUACCAUUGCACCUUGUCUCAUUAACUUAAAUUUAUAUGGGCUAUAAAUUUGCUAAAAUUACUGAAAAACGGCAAACUUCGCAAGGCUAUAUUAUCCGCAUUUUACAACAUUUCGCAACGAAACUUCGGAAUAUUACUAAUUUUGUGAUGCUCUUUCAAGCUGUGAUGAAAUUUUUGUCUAGGCUUCUCUAGAUCAAAAUUUUAGUUAUAACGGGAAAGGUCCAUUGCGAUCAGCCCAGCUUACUUUUACGACUACAUUCAUGGUGAUAUUUCAAGGAAAUAGCGGCAGGAUGGAUUUCCUGGGACAUCUGUCUUGUGGGCUGAUGUAUAGUCUGAAAUAUAUUCUAUAAUUUUAGAUAUAAAAAUGAAGACAGACAUGGUUGUUAUCACCACUAUAAUUUUAUAAAGGAUUACUUCUACUUCGCUACGAGCUAUACGACUAACAAAGAUGUAUUUACCGUGACGGCCGCCAUAGCUGACGAUGGCUCAAGAGAAGCAGCUUAUUUAAAGGCAGCGUUACCAAAAUACAAAAACAAAGAUUUAUUGUGUCAACCACCACUGCCACCAGAAUGACGAAAUGAUUGGAAUUGCGCUUAUAUUUUUUAAAAUAGUAUACAAUAUAGCUUUAUGGGAAGUUUUUUUAUGGAUUUCUGAAAUACAAAAAUUAUAAUUAUAAGAUCAAGAAUUAAUAAAUUACCUGAAUCACGAGUGUGUUAAUAUUAUAGCUCUCUCUUGUUUUGUCUUACCAUCCCCAUAGUGCGGAUGGUUCAUCAAUGUUGGUCGAUUAUUUAUCGAGCUGCCUCUCAAUUCUCAAAUGUAUUAUUAUCUUGGAUGACUUUAAUAGACUAAAUACUUCACGA